AUGUGUGUAUUCCCGCCAAAGGAGGAUUCGACUGAAUUUCCUAGAGGACCAAAGGACACUAGCGUUCUCACAUCGUACAAAUCACAUUUUGCGAGAUAUGUAUACGAAGGCUAUCAUCGUUUGACACUUGUCCCUGUCAGUCACGGGAAGAAGAUGAAGGAAUUAGUUAAAAUAACGUCGGAUGCACAGUGGUUUAGGGAUACAGUUGAAGCGACUGGGUUGACGGACCUCGCCAAGACAGAUCAGGGUAUUGAUCCGUUGGUUAGCCUUCUCGGAGCAGAUCCUGUUGAUGCACAUUCGGAGGUCUCAAAGACCAAAGGUAAUCAUGCCACGCUGACCUAUCUGAAGAGUAUGUUUACGGAUCACCUUGACCAGCUUGCUGUUUUCACUUCGUUGGGUGAUGAACAGUCUUGUGAGAGGUAUCGUCGCUACACCCUCAUAGUUUACCGGAUGUUGCUGUAUUUUGAGGAUUUGGAGUUGGUGAGUGAUUAUGUGUGGGGUGUUUUUGCUUUGGCCUUUUUGUACAACGGUCUCUCUGUUGCCAACAUGCCGAAGUGGACAACAGUCACAAGUUACAUGACACUACUUCAGGCCUGGAUCCAUGCACACUUCCCUGGUAUUUGUGGACACGUUCAAGUUGCUAGAUACGAUGAGUCAGAGUCUGCUGCCAUGAAGUAUGUUCCGACAAAGAGGGAUAUCAUAUCUACGUAA